UCCAGCAGCGCUUGAGUAGUACUAGAUAGAUGGGCACAUAUUUGUAGGCUCUUUUAAAGUUUGAAAUAUAUCCAGAUAAUUCAGUUGAUGACUGUGAUUGAUCUGAAACUACUUCAGUUAACGUAAAAUUUAACCGUUUCUUGGAGUUGAUGAAAAGAGUUGUGGCGUAUUUUAAACCGUGCGUAGUUUCUCAGCUCCGUCAGUAAACGUUUGAGAUUCCCUGACGAGACAUUGCAUUUGGACAUUUAACACCGGGAUAAGAUGACAGCAAUCAGAAUGGUUUCAUCAGUGCUGCUGCUGGUGCUGAUGCAGUCCGGAGCUCUUUGCGCACGGAGGUUCAGGGGUGGCCGCAACCCACAACCACGCCGUUCGCCUCCUCCCACACGGGCGGACCGGGGGGACACCACGGAGAGCUUCCCUCUUGAUUUCACCGCCGUGGAGGAGAACAUGGAUAACUUCAUGACCCAGGUGAAGAACCUUGCGCAGUCCCUCUACCCGUGUUCGGCGCAGAAGCUUGACUACGACAUGAAGCUCAACUUUUUGGAGAAUACAACAGUCACCUGCAACGAUGGGAGUCCUGCAGGGUACUACCUGAAAGAGUCUCGAGGCAGCAGACGGUGGUUGAUAUUCCUAGAGGGUGGCUGGUACUGCUUCAACAAGGAGAACUGUGACAGCCGAUACGAGACCAUGAGGAGAUUGAUGAGCUCAUCCAAGUGGCCCCAAACUAAAACAGGCACAGGGAUCCUGUCUCCGCUGCCCGAGGAAAAUCCUCACUGGUGGAAUGCCAACAUGGUGUUCAUCCCGUACUGCUCCAGUGAUGUUUGGAGCGGCGCUACAGCCAAAACAGAGCAGAGUGGCUAUGCCUUCAUGGGCUCACUGAUCAUACAGGAAGUUGUGAAGGACCUGCUGACCAAAGGUCUGGACAACGCCAAAGUCCUCCUAUUAGCAGGAAGCAGUGCUGGUGGUACUGGGGUCCUUUUGAACGUGGACCAUGUGGCGGAGUUGCUGGAGGGCCUGGGGCACACUGGGAUACAAGUGCGAGGCCUUUCUGAUUCUGGCUGGUUCCUGGACAACAAGCAGUACCAGUGCACGGACUGCGUGGACGCCGUCACAUGUACCCCCACUGAAACCAUCAAGAGAGGCAUAAAGUACUGGGGUGGAGUGGUUCCAGAGAGUUGCAGGCAAACCCAUGAAGGAGAGGAGUGGAACUGUUUCUUUGGAUAUAGAGUCUUCCCAUCGAUAAAAAGCCCAGUUUUUGUUGUCCAGUGGCUGUUUGACGAGGCCCAGUUGACAGUAGAUAACAUUCAGUUGACAGGCCAGCCUGUGCAGGAAGGCCAAUGGCGCUACAUCCAAAAUCUGGGCAUUGAGCUGAGGAACACACUCAAAGAUGUGCCGGCUAUGUUUGCUCCAGCAUGCCUUUCACAUGAAGUUAUCACCAGAAAUUACUGGAUUGACAUUCAGGUUAAAGGUACCUCUUUGCCACGAGCUCUGCACUGCUGGGACCGCAGCCUCAACGACAACAGGAACAACAAGGCUCCACCCAAGGGCUGCCCCGUGCAUCUGAUCGACAGCUGCCCGUGGCCGCACUGCAACCCCACCUGCCCCACCAUCCGAGACCAGUUCACAGGACAAGAGAUGAACGUCAUUCAGUUCCUCAUGCACAUGGGCUUCGAUGUGCAGAAGAUGGCUCAGCAGCAGGGCAUGGACCCCAGCAAGCUACUGGGCAUGCUCAGCAGCGGCAGCUAAAAACACACACACACACACACACACACACACACACACACACACACACACACACACACACACACACACACACACACACACACACACACACACACACACACACACACACACACACACACACACACACAGCAUCGCCAAGCUAAGCCACGGCUGGCUGGUCUCUUUGGCCCGUCUACCAUGUCUGAUACCUCCAACUCCACCUUCACAGGGGCGGGGCAACACAAAACCAAGACAAGGAACAACUCUCUGCUACUCUCCUUUUAAAUUAUCUUUUGCUUUGAAAAAAGAAAAAUAUCACGAAUGUAAUCCAGUUUUAAGGAUGCUCAUUGAUGUUUUGUUUUUUAUAUUAUAUUCAUUCUACCGUAUAGAUUAUAUUUUGUCAUUGUUUAACGAAGAAAGAGGAAACACCACAAUGACGUAAGGAUGCUGUUUUUGUUAAGUAGUCACUAUAGAGUAUAUAAAGUCUUUAUUUUGUUUAUUACUGUUUAAUAGUUUCUCAUUACACAAAAACUACAACAUGGCAGACAAAGGGGCAUAUGAUGAGGUGAGGAAGGCACUGGAUCAGAAAAAACUAUUUGUCUUAAAAAUAGAAGGAUAGAGAUAAACCUACAUUCCUGUCAUCAGCCUGUGGUAUAAGACACAGUUAAAUUAACACACCCUGAUAGUUAGGCUGAAAAUAAAGCUGGAAACAGAUACAUAUCAUAUUUUAUUUUUUUAAUGAAAGUAGCCAGAUUAAUAAGUCAAACCAAAUGCAGACAAUGCCAUAUACUUUAUAUACUUUUUGUGAUUAUCAUAGAUUAAGAGAAAAGAUUAAAGUAAUGUGAGACAGUGUUAAAAAUCGAAUUAGCAUAUGUUCAGUUUCUACAGCUGUGAAGAUGCUACAAUGCGUGGUUUGGUGGUUUGCUGAGGUUGAUUGUGGUGCUAACCUGGAAACACUAACAGUCUAUCAUUAGAUAUACAUAAACCACAAUGCCAUUACAUCUCAUCUUUAGCUAUUUUUCAGAGGCUACAUCUUCACAAGACAGUUGAAACCGGAAACAUCAGGUACACAUUGGGUCAGUAGUAGUCAUUAACAAUCCUCAAAUCAAUGGAAUGAACAUUUAAAGGGAGACAAAUAUUGUGUAUUGUAUAUUUUUUGAGUAUUUGUAUAGGUUCUUUCAAGUGUUCACUAUUGUAACUCCCUUCUUAUAUAUCACAAUAGAGAUCACUUUUUAAUAUAAUGAUAGUGUUGUAUCUAAUGAUGUCCUCAUUAAUGAUUUUAAAGGACCUCUAUUUUGCAUCACACCAGAGAAGGAAAGGUAUUACUAAUAGUAAUUUUAUUCUGUAACAUAUUUUUUAACAGGAAAAAAAAACUCAAGCUACAUUGGUAAUUUACAUAUUUAUUUUGUUAUGUAAAUCAUAUUUAUAAGUGCUAUUUACACAGAGAAGUGAUUCUUUGUCAAUUGUAAAUACAUUGCUAUUUUUUCUCUUUG